GAUCUCUCUUUUUAUUCCAGCAAGAGAUGAGCAGUGGUCUGAUGGAAAUGAGCAAGUGCAUGAGCUAUUGCCAGAGAAAGAGAAGAAUGGCAAACCAGAAAAGCAGACAGAAAGUCACAUGCCUGAGCAGAGGGAUAAAUCCACUCCUGGCCAAGGACAGGAUUGCCAUGAAGUAAUCCACACAUUAGAGGAAACAUAUAAGUGCUUGGAGUGUAGAAUGAACUUCUCAUCUCACAGCCAGUAUGAAAUCCAUUUGCAAACGCACAGUGGAAAGAAGACACAUCAAUGUUUGGAGUGUGACAUGACUUUCCUUAGCAGACCACAGCUCCUGAGGCAUCAAAGAACACAGGAAAGAGAGAAACCUUAUAGUUCCUCAGAGUAUGGCAAGAGCUUGUCACAAAAAUCAGAUUUUUUUCAACACCAAAGGAGUUGUUCAGGAAAGAAGGCAUUAAUCUGCUUAGAGAGGAAAAGGACCUUUUCUGGUAGGAGAAAGGGUAAUGUACAUAUUCCAAAACACAGCAUAAUGAGAGCACAAAAAUGCUUUCAGUGCGGAAAGUUCUUCAGCUGCAGAUCAAAGCUCCUUGUGCACCAAAGAACCCACACAGGAGACAAACCUUUUGAAUGCUCAGAGUGUGGAAAGAGAUUCAGCCACAGCAGCAAUCUUAAACGGCAUCAAAGAACUCACACAAAUGAGAGACCUUUUGAAUGCCCAGAGUGUGGAAAGAGAUUCAAUCACAAUAACUCUCUUCAAUAUCAUCAAGGAACUCACACAAAUGUGAGACCAUUUGAAUGCUCAGAUUGUGGAAAGAGAUUCAGUCAUAGUAGGAAUCUUCAACGGCAUCAAAGAACUCACACAGGGGAGAAACCUUUUAAAUGCUUAGAAUGUGGAAAGAAAUUCAAUUAUAGUGGCAAUCUUCGAAAGCAUGAAAGAACUCACACAAAUGAGAGACCUUUUGAAUGUCCAGAGUGUGGAAAGAGAUUCAAUCACAGUGACUCUUUUCGAUAUCAUCAAAGAACUCACACAAAUGAGAGACCAUUUGAAUGCUCAGAUUGUGGAAAGAGAUUCAGUCAUAGUAGGAAUCUUCAACGGCAUCAAAGAACUCACACAGGGGAGAAACCUUUUGAAUGCUUAGAAUGUGGAAAGAAAUUCAAUUAUAGUGGCAAUCUUCGAAAGCAUGAAAGAACUCACACAAAUGAGAGACCUUUUGAAUGCCCAGAGUGUGGGAAGAGAUUCAGUCAUAGUAGGAAUCUUCAACGGCAUCAAAGAACUCACACAAAUGAGAGACCUUUUGAAUGCUCUGUGUGUGGAAAGAGAUUUAAUCAGAGUAGCAAUCUUCAACAGCAUCAAAGAACUCACACAAAUGAGAGACCAUUUGAAUGCUCAGAUUGUGGAAAGAGAUUCAGUCAGAGUAACUGUCUUCAACGACAUCAAAGAACUCACACAGGGGAGAAACCUUUUGAAUGCUUAGAAUGUGGAAAGAGAUUCAAUUAUAGUGGCAAUCUUCGAAAGCAUGAAAGAACUCACACAAAUGAGAGACCUUUUGAAUGUCCAGAGUGUGGAAAGAGAUUCAGUCAGAAGGAAAACCCUUACAUUUGGUUGGAAUGUGGAAAGAUGUUCACUCAGACGGGCACUGUUCAACAGCAUCAAAAGAUCCACACGGGAGAAACCUUUUGA